GGCGCCGCCAAUACCCAGUCCGCAGCAAGCGUGCAACUGGACUCCGAAGCAACCCCGACCUGUGCAAAUUGAAGAGGACCGCAAAUCCAAUUGGCACGCGCAAUUUGGCGCCGUCUCGAGUCCGCGGAGCAACUCGACGGUCAGGCGGCACAAAUCAAGUGUUUCGCAACGCGCGGCGCGUCGGCGUGCAGACGGACUGCGAGAGCCUGGCGCAGCCUCAACAUAGCCCUUGGAAGCCCCUCGACGAGCUGCGCCCCGCUGAACCAUGUCAUUCCGCGUCGGUUCUCGGGUGAUCAUAGUUGACACCGCGAACGUCCUCGCCCGGUGCCCGGAGCUCGUCGGCAGCGUCGGUGCGGAGCCGCGUCCGUAACGCAACGACGCCGGAGACGCGCGGGGCGCCCCCUUCGCGCGUUUCGGCGGCCGCCGGUUCAAACCUACAUAUCAACGUCCUUGAGCGCAACUUGGCGCGGCGACGGCGGUCGAGCCGUCCGCGGGUCGGCCACCGCGACGCCGUCCUAGCGAGCGAGAGCCAUAACGCGCCCCCCUGCCCCUGGGCGACCCGCGCCCGCCCGUUCGAGAAAGCCAGUUCAAACCCCCGCGUCCACGCAGGCGAGGUCACCAAGGUCCCCGAGCCGCCGUCCAAGUGGUACGACGUCCUCGUGACCGAUGGCCGGACCAUCCAGUUCCAGGCGAGUGCCUUACACGCCGCGACGUCGUCAAGAGCCGCGACCGCGGCUCAAUAUCGCGAAGGCGACGGCGAGGAGUCCGAGGAGGAGGUCCAGGCCGACAAGCAGAGCCAUGCGCAGUCGCUGAAGCGAGGCACGCAGGUCGCUAUUCAUAGGACGGAGAACGUCCAGCAAAGAGCACCGCACCUCAUCGGCCGCAUCGGCACAAUCAAGGAAGUGCCGCAGCACCCGAACACGUGGUUCAAGGUCCAAUUUGCGGACCGGCGCGUGUGUACUUUUAGACCGUCUGCUUUGAGAAGAGUGGCGAGCGGCGCCCAACGCUCGAGGAAAGGUUCGGAUGACGACGAGCCUCAGCAGAAGCCUCGAGGUAGAGGCGCUAGAUUAUUGUCAUCGGUCUUGACGGGUAGAGCCGUCGACGCUGAAAGGUGGGUGGGCACGCAUGUUCGCGUGCGAGUUGGUCGAUUGGGCGGUCAAGUCGGUAGAAUUCUGAGGAGUGGCAACGGCUGGGUCCAGCUACGGACGGCGCGCGGCGAGAUCGCCAAACGGGCUUAUGAACUCGAGCUCGUCGACGAGAAGGACGCGGAGAGAGCUAAUGACGACAUCGAAGAGAGCAGUAAGCGGACGGAGUCCGCGACCGCCGCGAGGCAAGCCGCGGCGGCCAAAAGGAAAGAACAACAAGCGAAAGCUGAGAGAGCGGCGACGCGCGGUGCCUCGAAGGAUGAUGAUGAUGAGGAGGAACCUAAAAGAAAGCCGAAUCCCCGCAAGCCGCCGCCGCCGCCGCCGCCGCCUCCUACGACGCGAGGCGCGACGGCGGCCGUCGGUGGUGCGAACCGGCAGCCCCAGUUACUCGCGCGAGUGGCUCGAGGCGUCUCUUCGUCCGCGAAGCAAGCUGCUUAUAGGGAAGGAGUUCGGAAGCACGUCGAGCGGGCCCGAGACCGGUAUCGCGAUAGACCCCAUCUAGCCGAGUGGCUCGAGGCGCUCCAGGGCGGGCCCUGGGACGCGAACGAAAGCAAUGGCGGCGCUUACCGGGACGCUUAUCUAUCUGGUUCAGAUGACUCCGAUGAUGAAGCACCGUUGAUGGGUCCUAGAUGGUGCCGGAGAGCCGCGCGGAGGGAUCGGUCGCAGCGAUUGGCCUUGGGGCCGCCGGGCUGCGUUUUAUGCAGAGUCGCGAAGGAUCCGCACGGGGCCUGCUGGAACUCCGCGUGUCCGGCGUCGCCCGUCUUCUGCGCUCCUUCUAAAGUCGAAGUGAAGAAAAAGCCGGCGUCCAAGAAGCGGAAGAAGGCCGCCGUCGAGGAGGAACAGCCCGUGGUGCAGAACACUGUUAGUAGAUUACCAAAGCCCUCGCCGUUCGAAUGCGGCCGCGACUCCACGAUUCCGCCGAUCAAGCUCGCGCGGAAGCGGGAAGAGGCGAGGACCGCCGAGGACUGCGCCGGCCCCGAGCCGGAAGAGGACUCGUUGCCGCCCGGUCCUGGUAAACGCGCAGAAGCGAAGGCCAAGGCGGCGCAAGAGGCCCAGGCCGCCGUCGACGCCGCCGAAAAAGCCGCAGCUGAAAAGGAGGCGGCGAAAAAGGCGGCGGAGGCACCACUGCCGGCUCCUGCUCCUGCUGCUGCUGAGGAGGCGCCCGCCGCGGAGGCGCCGGCGCCGGCACCAGUGAAGGAGGACGUCGAGAUGACGGACGCGCCGCCUGCUGCUGCGGCAUAGUUACCCCCUCGGCGUCGUAAGUCGAGGUUUCCCCUUA